UGGGCACGGGGCUGGGAGACAAAGGGUUAAAACCCAUCGGAGGAGACUGGCACACACCGAGACGCCACCCCCCAAUACACACGUGUACAUGCCCAUGUACUCCUCUGUGCACACACGUGCUUACACACGCGCAAGUGUGCUCCAGUCCUCGCACACACAAGCGUUCCCAGAUUCGCCCACACGCACGUGCCCAAGCAUGUGACAGCGCUCCCCCCCCUUUGCACAGUCACCUGGACACACGUGUUUGCACAGUGGCCUCUCUCUGCUGCAGGGUUGCAUCCCCCGAGCUAAGCAGCGUCAGGCCCGGUUUCCCCCGGCCGCAGCACCCCACCGUGUAUCGCCAUGGCUGGCAGGACAGCUGGGCUCCCCCCGCCGGGCUCCGUGCUGUGCCUCAGUUUCCCCUGCCAGGCGGGGCCCGCUCUCUGCUGCCCUGCACACCCGGGGCCAGGCCGGGAGCUCCUGUGACGGCUUUACUGCCCCGAAACCCCUUCCUGCCAGCCCCCCCUCCCCGCCGGGCCCCCCCAGGGCCGGGUGGGGGCAUAUGAGCCCCUCCCCUUUGCUGGGGGGGUAGUUAAUUGGGGUUAUUUGCGGGGGGGGGCUAGCAGGGGGCCUGGCUCCAUCCCGCUCCAAAGGGCAGGCCCGGCGGGCCCCCGCGCUCCGGCCCGGACGACCUGGCGGGCCGAGCCCGCGGGGAGCGGAGCCGGGCCUGGCUUCAAAGCCUCCGCCACCCCGGCGGCCGCUCAAUUAUUCAGAGCCGACGGCUCCGCGCCGAGCCGAGCCGAGCUGCCGCGGCCCCGGCCGGCUCCGGGGGGACACGCCCGCCCCCGCGGGGGCCCGGGCCGGGGGGGGGGCUGCCGCGGGGCCGCGGGUCCAUCCGUGCCCCCCCCAUCACUAGGCAGGGCCGGCGGGCGGGUGCAGACACGUCGGCAGUGCGGGGACAAGGACACGUCGUGGGUGUCCGUCCGCGGCCCGCGCGUGGGUGGCCCCCCCACCCCCCCGAGCCAGGACGCCUGGGUUCCCGGACCAGCCCCGCGCGGCGUGCCUCAGUUUCCCCGUUGCCCGGAUGGGGGCCCUGACGCAGCUGGAGGAAGGGGGGGGGGGGGCUGGCCCCCGGGCCGCAGCGAGGGGGGCAGACGGACGGCCACGGACAGGCGGGGCCGCUGCCCGCCCCGGGGAGCCCAGGCGUCCGCCCUCCUGUCACCCCCGUGUCAUGUCACACCCCCCCACGCGGGGAUGCGGCCAGCUCGGGUGGGGCGGCGGCGCAGGGCCCGGGGCGGGGCGGCCCCUCCUUGCCGGCUCAGAGCGGCUCCCGGCGGGGACGGGCGGCGACGGGCACCUGCAGACCCCGCCACCGCCUCCAGGGACCAGGCGUCCAGCUGCCGCCGGGCCCGCUCCAGGCAGCUCCAGCCCCGGCCCCACCAAGAGCCCGUCCUGCAGGCCCCCCCAGGCCCCCGAACCCACGUGCCCAGCUCCAGCCCCCCCAUGCCGCCCGCCCCGGCCCGGCUGUCCUGGUGCACGAACGCCACGCACCUGCUGGAGGGGGGCAGCCCGGUGCCCAGCACCCUGAUGUUCGCAGCGGGGCUGGGGGGCAACGGGCUGGCGCUGGGGCUGCUGGCGGCGCGGGGGGCACGGGGCGCCUCGGCCUUCGGGGUGCUGGCCGCCGGCCUGGCCGCCACCGACCUGCUGGGCACGGCGGUGCUGAGCCCGGCCGUGCUGGCGGCCUACGCACGGGGCCGGACGCUGCAGGGGCUGGCGCCGGGGCUGUGCCCGCUCUUUGCCUACGCCAUGGCCCUCUUCGGCCUGGCCUCCACGCUGGUGCUGGGCGCCAUGGGGCUGGAGCGCUGCCUGGCCCUGAGCCACCCCUACCUCUACGCCCGCGGCGAUGGUGCCAGCUGGGCCCGCCGCGGCCUGGGCGGCCUCUACGCCUUCAGUGCCAUCUUCUGCUCCCUGCCGCUGGCCGGCCUGGGCCGCUACCGCCAGUACUGCCCGGGCACCUGGUGCUACGUGGACAUGAGGCCGCCGGCUGCCGCCUUCUCGCUGGCCUACGCCGCGCUCACCGCGCUGCUGGUGCUGGGCGUGCUGGCCUGCAACGGCUCCGCGGGCCGCAGCCUGGCGCGCAUGUGGCACAGGCGGGGCAGUGGGGGCCGGAGGCUGCAGGCACUGGGCGUGCAGGAGGAGGCUCAGCACCUGGCGCAGCUCGUCCUGGUCACUGUCGUCUUCCUCGUCUGCUCCCUGCCGCUGGUGGUGCGGGCCUUCGUGGGGGCGCUGGCGCCGGACGGCCGGGACGAGGCGGACCUGGUGGCCUUCCGCCUGGGCGCCCUCAACCCCAUCCUGGACCCCUGGAUCUACAUCCUGCUGCGGGCGCUGCCGCGCUGCCCACGGCCACGGCCACGCGCGGAGCCGGGCGCCCGCGACACGGACACAGCGCCCGCGCCCGCGGCGGAGCUGCGGCAAUAAAGAGCGUGGAAGAGA